AUGUCAACCAGUGGACGAGAUUUAUCGAUGCUCGCCUAUCUACUCAGAAACACCUUAGAGGUAACAUUCACACAGAGAUCAGUAGAGUUUAGUAUAUAUGAGGAUCAAUCUCAACCCUCAGUGUCCUCUGAGACACAUCCUCAGUCUUCACUUUUAAGCCUUCCAUCUCUUCCCAUUGCAGGAACGCCUCUCCUCCCUCACAAACGCCAACGCUAUGAAGUAGAGAUCAGAAAAUCCCUUGAUUCAGAGCAGGAAAGCUCAUGUGAACAAGGAAUGUUCCCUUAUAAGGUCCUCAAGCUCAAUAACAGGGCGCACAAAAUCGAACAUUAUCUCAGAAAAUGUUGUGAGCUAUCAGACACAGACGAAGAAGAAAGAGCAGAAGAAGAAAUUCUCCUCAAAAAAGCAUAUGAACAAGAUUUUUCACUAGAUCAGGAAAGAUAUUCAGGCUUAAGAAGAAGCGAUAUUAUGGCCAUUCAAAAAUAUACUUUUAUGAUAAAAUAUUAUAAUGACAAUAUUUAGCAAAAAGCUUUUAUUUUUAUUAAUAAGAGACUAAUUGUCUUAAAAAUUAUGGCAAAUUAUAUUAAAUUGGUAUAUCGAAUUGAUCCAAAUAAAUUACCUAAAUUAAGCUUCACCUUUGAUAUAUAUAAAAUGGGAGAUGUCCGACCCGUGCUCUCGGAGACGGUUACCCAUGUAUAUCGGAGCAUGGUUUUUGGAAUCACAAGUUUUCCCAGAAAUAUAUGGUGUACUAAAGUGAGGAGCUUAAGCACUAAUCCGUUGUUUGUUGCUUGAUCAAUUGGCAGAUACUUGAGACUUCUUUUCAAGCAGCAGCACCCAAGCUAGUGAGCGCCCUAAAUGGAGCAGAACUAAUUACCUGCUCAAGCUGCUGCUCUGCUUUGCUCCGAAUCGCAUAAGUGUUAAGAGUUUUCGGGGUAAUUCUAAAAAGGGAAGCAAAUCAGACGAGUUUAAAGCGGUCCUCCAGAAAAGGGUCUCUUUAAUGGAGCGAUCUGGCCAGGAGCUUGAAGCAGGAGAUUGCGUAAUAAGGACGAAAGGAUUUAGUUGGAAAUGAUUGAUCUCAACAAUGGCCUGGAGACCCAAAGCACUCACAACCAAAAAUCAAGGAUUUCCACUUAGGCUCAGAUGAGUCAGAUAUGAAGCUUCUACAAAUUUUGUGCAGAAUGCUGCUUGUGGAAGCUGAGAUCUUAAACAUUUAGUAUCCUGCAAUUAAAGCUUCAGCUUUGAAAAUUUCCGACCAGAACAACUUAGCGCGCUGCUUGCCAGAGUCAAACCUACCUCUACUUUAAAGAUCCACAAUCCAUCAAUACGCAAAAUUACGGCUUCAAAAGAGCUCCCGCGUGCGCCCACAAAAACUCAAAAGCCUCGCUCCACAAAUAAAAGUGUAUCAGAAAAAGUGGAAAGCAUUUUAAUCAAAAAAGCAUUAAGUUUCCUCAUAAAGCGAGACCUUCCUAAAGCUUUUAAAGGCAUGCAAAAACAAAGAGGAGACCUCAGGAAUAACUGCAAAAGGAUCAGCCAGCUUUGCUCAAAAGAAGUAGCCAAAAAAGCUAACAAAAUGCAAAGAGAGGCAAAAGAGUCCACAGUGAGGGCGAAAAGAUUGCAGAGAGAAAUGGUCAGCUAUUGGAAAAGAAAAGAAAGAGAAACGGCUGAUAUGAGGAGAAAAAGGGAAAGGGAAGAAAACGAAAUUAGGAAGAAAAGAGAAGAAGAGGAAGAAUCAUUAAAACAGAGGAAGAAGCUAGAGUAUAUCAUGAGACAGUCUGAUAUUUAUGCAAUUUUUAUGGCACAGAAGCUGGGGAUCAUGCCUACUGUGACUUCCCAUGUAUCAAGCAUUGGAGUCGAUGAAGACCAGGCAAGAGAAAGUGUGAAAACUAUGAUAAAAGAGCACAGAGACCAUUUAAAGAAGUUUGGAGAUGACUCAGAUGCGAAUAAUGAAGACUUGAAAGAUGUCGGACUUAUGGGACUUGAUAGAGUUGAUGAAACAAAAAUAUUUUCGAGGAUUGAAGAAACCCCACCAAUUUUUACAGGGUACUUAAAAGAUUAUCAGAUGAAAGGGUUAAGGUGGCUUGAUAAUCUUUAUGAUCAAGGAAUCAAUGGGAUUUUAGCUGAUGAAAUGGGUCUUGGAAAAACGAUUCAAACUAUUGCUUUACUUGCACAUUUAGCAUACACCAAAAAUAUUUGGGGACCUUUUUUAAUUGUUUGCCCAGCUUCGACUUUACACAACUGGCUUGCAGAGUUAAAUAAAUUUUGCCCAACUUUAAAAACGCUCCCAUACUGGGGACAAAUGAAAGAAAGAAAAUCUCUAAGUCCUCCCUCCGUAAGCGAAAAAAUUUUUUUGUUAGCUCAAGGAGGGGGGUUAAUUUUUUUUUUAAAAAAUUUUAUAGAAAUUUUAAGAAAUUUUUUUUUCGAAAUUAAAAAAAUCCGAAUUCGCAAAAAUUGGAAAGCAAAUAUUAAUUUAAUUUGUAAAAUUUAUGUUUUAAAACGCAAUUUGUUUAAAAUUAAACAGAAUUUGCUAGAGAUUUCAUUAUACUAAUUAUCACUUAUAUAUCGAUUUUUUUCAUAAAAAUUUUUGUUCGUUCACGGAGGGUGGGUUUUUGGGCAAAAAAUAGGGAUUUUUUCUAUUGGUUUUGUUCGCUCACGGAGGGGGGAGUAAGAAGAUACAUGCAAAAUAAAAAACUAGGUAAUGAUGAUUCCGCAUUCCAUGUCUGUGUUACUUCUUAUCAGCUAGUUUUAGCAGAUGAGAAAAGUUUUCAAAAAGUUAUGUGGAAGUAUAUGAUUUUAGAUGAAGCCCAUGCCAUUAAAAAUACUUCGACUCAAAGAUGAAAUGUUUUAUUAGGAUUUAACGCAAGGAACAAACUUUUAUUGACUGGGACUCCUAUCCAAAAUUCAAUGGCUGAGCUAUGGGCUUUGCUGCAUUUUAUCAUGCCAAAGCUUUUUGAUUCUCAUGAGCAUUUUGAAGAGUGGUUUUCUAAAGACAUAGAAGCUCAUUCAGUGGAUGCUGGCUCACUAAAUCAGCACCAGCUCCAAAGGUUGCAUGCGAUUCUGAAACCUUUUAUGCUUAGAAGAGUAAAAAAAGAUGUCGAAAGUGAGAUCGGCAAGAAAACUGAGCAUGAGUAUUUCUGUGACCUCACAAACAGACAAAAGAUGCUUUAUAGUAUGAUUAAAAGGAAGUUAAACAUAAGUGAGCUAUUUUCUAUGACAGACAGUAAAGCAAAAGUGGAGAAUCUAAUGAACUUAAUGAUGCAGUUCCGAAAAGUCUGCAACCAUCCUGAUCUAUUUGAAAGACGCCCUGAGCACACACCAAUUUCAUUCCAUGACCCUCUUCUCCAAAACUGCCAGCCAAAACCAGGCUUUAAUCAACUUACCGAAGUUCGUAUUGGCAAUAAAAAUCCUAUAUGCUUCCAUAUUCCCAGGAUAAUUUACAAUGAGCUGUUUCUUGACAUCAAAAAGUUGCCUUCUAUAUAUGACACAGACUAUUUUUGGUUUUUCAGACUUCUAGGGCUAACUUAUAAUGAAGGAAUUAACAUCAUUGAGUCUCCACAGCUGAUAAGAGGAAUCAUAGCAUUGCAUUAUAUCAAAAGGUAUUCACGUCUAUUAAAAUAUGAAGGUGCUAAGCUGCCUUUACUGCUAUACAGACACUCUAAAGCCCCAAUCAGGAUUUCAGAUGAAAUAAUCCCUCACAUAUUGAAAGACUUAGUGACUCCAGUUGCUAUAGCAUCUCCAAUAGAAUUUUCAUGCUCCACAAUUCACUUUGCAUUGAAUUGGCAAUUUGUAAAGCAGUCUCCAUCUCUCAAAAGGAUUUUAUUAGGAAACUCCUUUAAGCCCAGCUAUUUCCAUGAGUGUCAAGGCCAGCAUAUUGAUUUAUUAUUCCCUCAAGGUUUCAAUAUCCCAACCCCUUGUUAUGUAGAUUUACCAAGCAUAGAAAAGCUUUUGCACGACAGUGCCAAGCUAAAAAUCCUUGAUAGGCUCCUUAAAAAGCUAUAUGACGAAAACCACAGAGUCUUAAUUUUCUGCCAAAUGACCAAAAUGCUUGACAUUUUAGAAGACUUUUUGUAUUUCAGAAAGUACUCAUUUUUGCGCAUGGAUGGGUCUACAAAUAUAUCAGAGCGUAGAGACUUGAUAGAUGAAUUUCAAAACCAUACUGAUGUUUUUGUAUUUAUCCUUUCUACAAGAGCUGGAGGCCUAGGUGUAAAUUUAACUGCAGCUGAUACCGUCAUUUUUUAUGAUAUUGAUUGGAAUCCUACAAUGGAUGCUCAGGCUACAGAUAGAGUGCAUAGAAUCGGCCAAACAAAGCCAGUUGAUGUGUAUAGGCUCAUCACUUCUCAUACUGUUGAAGAAAAUAUCCUUAAAAGAGCCAAACAAAAGCAAACGGUACAAUCUACAGUCUACGCAGGAGGUGCAUUUAAAGCUGACAUUUUUAGGCCAUCAGAGCUAACUGAGCUUCUGCUUGAUGAUAAUGAUAUUGAGCACGCAAACCAUGCUAAAAUGUUUAUGGGAAUGAAUAAGAGGCCGAAAAAACAAAAAGAAAAGAAAGAAGAAAAAACGGGUAAAGAAACUGAAGGAUUCAAUAUCACUGAGUUUGUUGAGAGCGAAAUUAGUUAA